AUGCUGCUGAGCGGAGCGGCGGCCGGCUCGGAGCGCGGCGCCGGGGCCGGGGCCGGGGCCGGAGCCGGGGCGGGCGGCGGUGCCGGCGGGGCCCCGCAGUGCGUGGGCACCAUGGCCCGCUGGCUCCGCGAGCACCUCGGCUUCCGCAGCGCCAAGCCCGCGCCGCCCGCGCCGCCCAAGCCCGACUACCGCGCCGGGCCGCCUCAGCCGCCCCCGCCGCCGGGGGGCGCCGCCGAGCCGCUGGCCGCGGCCCAGCCCGACAUCGUGGCCGCGUACCGCCUGCAGAAGGAGCGCGACUUCGAGGACCCCUACAGCGGGGCGCCGCCGAGCGCCGCCCCCGACGGGCCCCGCUACGUCUCGCCCAAGCACCGGCUCAUCAAGGUGGAGGCGGCCGAGAAGGCGCCCGCCAGCCCGCCGCCUCCCCCCGCCGCCCCCGGCUCGCCCCCCGCCGGCCCCGAGCCGCCCGACGAGCCGCCGCAGGAGCUGGCUGUGCUGGAGGACUACGCAGACCCCUUUGACGCUGCACAGGUGGCCGGUAGCCAGGCAGGGCUGGAGAAGGUGACGGAGAAUGAUGGAUAUAUGGAGCCAUACGAAGCCCAGAAGAUGAUGGCUGAGAUCCGCCAGAAGGGCCUGCGGGAGGCUCCAUCCCGGCCACUGCACCUCUACGACACUCCCUAUGAGCCCGUGACUGGAGGGCUGGAGGCAGACAGCGACCGCCCCGCCUGCCCCAGGCCCAGGGAGUCCCGGCUGCCUGAGGAUGACGAGCGGCCUCCAGAGGAGUACGACCAGCCCUGGGAGUGGAAGAAGGAGAGGAUCUCCAAAGCCUUCGCAGUUGAAAUCAAGGUCAUUAAAGACCUGCCAUGGCCACCGCCGGUGGGACAGCUCGACAGUGGUGAAACCCCCCCGGACGGUGAGGCUGGUGCCCCCGGCCCCCCGCAGCACGGCCAGCAGAACUACGAAGACGCCAACGGGCCAUCGGAGGGGCUGGGGUACGGCCGCACCUCGCCCUGCAGGGAGGAGAAGGCCAGGGCUGGCCUCAGACAUGGCACCAGCAGCCUCAAGAGCACCAAGAUGCUGAGUGCGGAGCCUGGCCCCUUCCUUGGGGAGAGGAUUGACCCUGCCCUGCCCCUGGAGAGCCAGUGCUGGUACCACGGGGCCAUCAGCCGGACGGAUGCAGAGACGCUGCUGAGGCUCUGCAAGGAGGCGAGCUACUUGGUGCGCAACAGCGAGACCAGCAAGAACGACUUCUCCCUCUCCUUGAAGAGCAGCCAGGGCUUCAUGCACAUGAAACUGUCCCGGACCCAAGAGAACAAGUACGUGCUGGGUCAGCACAGCCCACCGUUCGACAGUGUGCCGGAGAUCAUUCACCACUAUGCCAGCCGCAAGCUGCCCAUCAAGGGGGCCGAGCACAUGUCCUUGCUUUACCCGGUGGCUAUCCGCACCCUAUAGUCCUCACCCUGCACAAGCCGGGCUCGAGGCUGGGUGGACCCAAAGCUGGCCCGUCUGCAGGGCCGAGCGCUGCGGUGCCAAGGAUGGGCUCUGGAUCAGCGAGCUGGGCACGGACGGUGCUAUCGGGGGUCGCAGCAGCUGGACCCCUCAUCCAGCUCCCUCGUACGGUGGUUCCUGUGUGCUGGUUUGCCUGCUGGGAUGAUGGCAGGGGGGCCCAGCACGAGGAGCUGAGCAGGGUUGGCCGCCUGCUGCCCUCGCCCCCUCCGGGAAGAGCUUAGGAAGCAAGGACUGGAACUGGGGCCAUGGAGAGGACCUGGGGGGAGCAAGGUGUGGGAAAAGGGGGAGAAAGCAUCCCAAGAUGUGUCCUGAGGGUGCCUGGUCCUGCCCACGUCCUGUGAGGGAGAGGACAGCCCUGUGCCCACAGGAGAGGAGGCUGGUGCUGUCCCUGGCGGGGGCACGGGGUAUGAGUGAGGCCCGGGGGGCAGGUGCUCGGUACUGGUACUCACUGCCAUCGUUUGCCAAAUGUAUAUAGUGACCGGUCUCGGCCGCACGUGCAGCACCACUGCCUAAUAAAGCGGUGCAUGGUCGUCUCCU